UGAUUGGCUAAUUUAUUCUUGGGUGUUUUAUAAGAUUUUGAGAUCGUCACCAGCAUCACUUUAUUUUAUCGAAUAUUUGUUCAAUGACUGGAAAAUUGCUAUAAUUCUCCAAGGGUUGAAAUGACAUUAACAGAAGAGCCAACUUUCCUACCUUCAAUUAAAUCUCGCGAGGAACAAAAACAUAAAUGGGACAUCAAUGAUAAUGCCUUACCACUUGUUGAAACUUUUGAUAUGUUUACUGAAUGGCCAGCAGAAAACUGUCGAUACGUCUACAAUGUCGAAGUGGAAGAUGCACGACGUCACGUGAGUGGCUGGGCAAUGCGCAAUACCAACAAUCACAAUGCGCACAUCCUAAAGAAAUCUUGUCUGGGAGUUUAUGUUUGUAGUCAUGACUGUACAUUGGAAAAUGGAGCCAAAAUUAAUCUGCGUCCCGCUAUAUGUGACAAAGCAAGAAGAAAACAAAUAGGAAAACCUUGUCCAAAUGUAAACUGUAAAGGUCGGCUAGAGUUACUGUCAUGCAAAGGUCACUGUGGAUACCCAGUCACACACUUUUGGAGACACGUCCAUGGGGCAAUCUAUUUUCAAGCAAAGGGUGUUCAUGAUCAUCCUCAACCGGAAGUUAAAGCUUCAUCGCUCUCUAGGCGACACCAAAAAAUGACGAGACAGCAACACAAAGUCAUGAUUACAAAUCUUUUAAAUGAGAGAAGAAACAGAAAAUUACCAUCAGAAAGACAUAAGAAAACGAUACCCUAUUCCGAAUGUGUAUGUUCUUGUCCUCCAUUUGAAUGUACGUGCAAGUCUGUCGGGUAUACCUAUAAUCCCGCUACAGUCCCCAGACGACCGAACCCAUGGACACCACAAAUAUAUGAGGCAGCACAAUCACCUUGGCAGCGAUCGUCAUCUGUUGGUUCUGCAGAAGGCCAAGCCGCCUUUUUUAACGACAGCUUUAGCAAUGUGGAUCAUUUAACCUGUUCAGACCAGAUUCACAAUGUUGGCAUUCAUCCUCAGUUUAACAACCAAAAGUAUCCUUGUGAUAGUGUUUCAAACAUGUUUCCAAAAAUGAACAUCAUUUUCCAACAAAACAAUUUUGGAAACUCUCCCUCAACAGACGACGCUUACCGAAACUCAUCUCCAAAUUUACGAGUUUACAAAGUUCAUGACUGUGCCCCUGAUGAAAGAUCAGUUUAUCCAAAUUAUUUUGGAGAUGAGCAGCAUAAAACAGAAAAUUCAAUGAAAAUUAAAUCCGAAUUGCGUGAUAGUUGUGUAGAUAUGGACACAAAAGAUAACUUUUCAAGUAUUUUGAAUUCAUCGACGGACGAUUUUUGUGGUGAUGACAUUUUAAAUGGUCUUGAUUACAGUGGUAGUUAUGGUGACAUACUAGACCCUGAUUUGUUUCAGUCUUUAAUUCCUCGAUGUAUGUCCGAUUCAGCUACAUAUCCAAUGAACACUUCUCCACAAAUAACAACACCACAGUAUGCAGAGUUAAAACCAAUUAGGUCAAGACAGAGACAAGGGUCGUUCACAAAUAUUAACCAACCUCAAUUAAAAUCAUCAGAUAUUGGUUGUAAAAGGAGAAACGAAGAUCCAUCUCCCAUUACACUAGAUGGUAUUCAGAUGCCAACUAGUUUUUAUAGAUCUAUAGAUCCUCCAAAACAAUGUGAAGGCUCACAAAUGCGACACCACGGCGAGGUGUGUUCCUGUAACUGUGCUCUAAAACAAUACUGUAACUGUAACCAUAGUAUUAAUAUUACAUUUACUUAUAAAUGAUUGUUUGUUUCAUUGUUUUGCGUUAAUUACAGUGCCUUAUAUUAAAUAAAUAAAUUAUAU